AAGAAAAAUAUUUACAACACAAGUUUUCCAAUAAAUAAAAAGGGGAAAUAUAAAAAGAAAAGUAAAAAUUCAAUGAUGGAAAAGCUGAUCUAAAAUGUUUUUCAGCAUGUAAUCUUAGUAUUUGGAGUGUUGCUCAUAUUACUAUUAAUACUUGCUACAUCUCCACAAUACAUAGAAAAAAAGAUGGAAAUAGAAGUUGACUAUGUCAAUGAAGAAUCAACAAAGGAGAAUAUUGUUCUUCGUUCUCGUCUUCAAUCUCAACCUCAACCUCAAUAUAGUCUGGCUUUUUUGGAGUCACUAACGAUGCCCCAAGUUCAGGAAGUUGUUUUAUCAGCAGAUGUAAGGUGCAUAGAAUGUCAGAAGAGAAUCGGUGACAUGAUUUCCCGCUUCAAUGAAACAGAAUCUGUGGUGGUGAAUUUGUUAGAGAAGAAGGUGGUAAUAACUUGUAAGGGGUUGUUGAAACCCCCAAAAAAACAUAUAAUGAAGCGUCAAAAAGAUGGGUUCAACAAAAUUGCUUUAAUUAAGUGGAUGUUUGGAUCAUCAAACACUUGAAUUAUUAUACAUUUGGAGAAGAACUCAUAAAAGCAUCCUAUCACUUGCAUCAAUAAAGAUGAAAUAUAAACUUGUUUGGAGUUAAAAUACUUCAACUCUUAAUUUUUUUUUUUGAAGAUGGAUUUCAAGAAAUUAGCUAUUUUGAUUGUUACAUUGAUAUUCUCAUUUUCUAUAAAUAAUAUAAAUUCUUUUAGUAAAUGCAUUGUAUUUUAUUGUCCAACAUUAUUAAUGGUAGAAAAGUAGUUAAUUUUUUGGAAAUUAGUAUUUGGGGUAAAAUAGAAUUGAAUCAACGAGAAAAAUAGUGAUUGUUAAAGGAACGUAGAGAAUCGUAAAAAGUGAGAUUGAAUGAGGAGAAAGAAUAAAAGUGUAUUGAAGCUAAUUUUGUGAAAAAAAAAUCAAAGGAGAAAUCUAAAUUUGUUUAUGAAGUAUAUAUUAAAUACAAAAUAUAUUCAUGUGAAAUCUUAUUAGAUACGCAUUGAUGAAAAGAACUUUAAUCCAUAUAUAAUUUUUACAAUUUUUCAUGAUGCGUAACCACGCCAGCCCCUUCAACCAUCCAAAUAAGAAUAGUCACAUUAUGAUUUUUUCCAUUAAUAUUUCCAUGAGACUCCAUAUCAUGAGGAGUAUUGUAAAUAGUCAUAUUAUGCAAUUUUUGUAAACUCAGCAUUAGCCGAAAACUAGUUCCUCAAAUAUGUGUAAGUGCCACAAAGACUUAACUUUGAUCCAUAUUUGCUAGUUCCUCACCAAGGCUCCUAAUAUAUUGGUGAGUCUAAACCUCCAAACCCUAAUCUUCACCUUGAUUAUCAGUUAGCUAGUUUUUGUUUUGAAAUUAAUCCUCAACCAGCUUGAAACCAAUCAAAAAUUCUGCUACAUAUGCAAAGCAUCCCAGUGGAUUCGACACUUGUCACCAUUACUAGCUAUUGAUGGUUAGCUAUAUGAUUAUGGAUUUGUUUGAUUGAGCGGUUUUAGUGUAUCCAACAACCGUUAAAUACACCUCUAUCAGUAACACUAAAAUUAAUUUGUUAUAUCAUGGCUUAAACUUUCACAAGAACGAAGAUAUUCAUUCAGAUCAUCUAAAGGUUUAGCAUAAGAUUCAAUGUGGGUGGCUUAAAUGGAGCAAGGGCCAAAGUUUUAUGCAUAAGUGUUCUACCAAAUUGGUUAAAAUAUUAGGCUUUUAGAAAAGACCGAAAUAGAAAGGUUUUGGAAAGCUGAGAU